AUGUUGUGUUUUGCUGCUACGCUUGGCGUUAGCCUCCUGUUGGGACUCUACAACCUCUCGGCGGCUAACAAGGACAAUUGCGACCUGUACGCUGCCGUUGGGCAGAGUCUGACUCUGCCCGCCGUCUACAAAGGACUGGGGAAGUCACACCUACUGAGAUGGACGCACAACAGCACAAUCGUUUUCUACAUGCAGGGAGGCAAAGUGUCUGUUGGAAAACCGGAGGACGUCUCCUCGGCCGGGUCGCUCAUGCUGAAGAACCUGCAGUUGAAAAGUGCUGGGAUCUAUCAAAUAAACGUGCUAUAUCCAAAUGGCACUUUGGCUAUGGCAUGGACUGGUCGACUCUGCAUGAUGGACAGAGUUUCUAAACCUCACCUCGAUUAUGUCUGUAACUUCAAUCUUAAUGCUGUUAAUCUGAAUUGCCGGGUGGACAAACCUCAGGGUCUGGUGUUUUCUUGGAUGCUCGAUAAAAAGGCGUUACCCAGUGAAACUCAGCAAACGCUGAGCAUAUCUCUCAAGCAGCUGGAAGGGGAAAGGAGCUUCUCAUGUGGCGUGGCCAACAAAGUCAGCAAGGAGAGCAGUGACACCGUUCGUCCGAUAUGCAAAGCUCCAGUUGACCUUUGCUUUACAGGCAAAACUGUGCUGGGAGCUGUCGUAGGAGGAGCAGCUGUGAUUUUCCUUUUGCUCCUCACUAUCAUAGUAUUAUGCUGCCGCCUGAAACGGAGCAAAAACCAAAUGAAUCUGAGCCACCCAGAGGAACAAAGGAUGCAUCGUUUAGCCAAGCACGACAGCACCUGCCCAGAGUACGAAACCAUGCACCCCGGACCGGACUCUACGCCUCCCAGCUUCCAGCCCUCACCGACGGUCAGUCCCCAGGACGCCACAGAGCCUGAGGCCCAGGGUCAAGACAAACCUCCACAGCUAUCGACAGCAGCUGAGGGACAAUCACCUUUACCUGUGCCAAAGCCAAGAAUGCCCAGACAGUAG